AUGGCUACCAGUCGAAAAAGCCCUUUUCGUCCCUCGAUUCGCCUCUCUCCCGUGCACUCCCGCGAUAACUCCCGCUCGACUUCCCCUGAACGAAACCCGGGUUCAUCAUACUCCAAAAUCGACCCUCUGCUCAGCAACCUCUCUCCCGAGUCAACAUUGCAAGCCCUUACCUCAACCGAAGCCAUCCCCUCGAGUGAAUCGUUCUCCCUUGACAGCCUAUCACAGAGUAUCUCCCAGGUCUCACCCGCCGAACGGGCAUUGGGCAUUCGUGCUGCCAUAGCUGCCCAGGACUUGAAAAUUUGGUAUAAGGAGGUCCAGUCGUGGACAUGGCCGACACACAACGAAGCGAAAGAUGGAAAGGGAUUCGUCCCGCCGACACAACCGUACGUCGCGGGUGCAGCUUCCGUCCCGAGCUUACUGCUGCCCCCUGGUAGCGGUGAGGUCGAGUACUAUGGGAGUCUGCCAGCGGAUGUGGUCGAGAAAUAUGAAAAAAGGAUUGAGGAGAUACGCGAUGGAAUGGACAAUUUAAAUGUGGAGGAAUUGAAGGAACACGUUCUCAAUGCCCACAUUCCAUCCCGGUCUCGCCCUUCCUCCUCCACUAGCACUGUGUCUGUGCCACCGCCGCUCAGCUAUGUACAGCUAAGCGACUUCACAGCCGUCGUCACCGCUACAAUUCUCCGUGCACUUCCGUUUUUGUCAAGGUUGAGCGCUCUCCUCAGCACCUGGGACGUUCGACUUCUUGUUCUGCGCCAGGUCCCGGGCCUUCUACGAGAACUCAAAAUCAUUCGAUCAGCUCUCGACUCCUCUUUUGACGCAUUGCGCAUCUCCAGUUCCCCCAAACCCAGCGACCAUCUUUUUUCCAGGUCUUGUCUACGCGAAGAACAUGUCAAACUCGAGUCUGCGGUUGUUUCUGUAGGCAGGCGGAUGGACCGUGUCUUGGAUGUGUUGGAAGGCCGCCAGGAUUCUUUGCCUGAGAGUUGGAUUGACGAUUUGGAGAAAGUUGAGUCGGAUUUUGCGGAGUGGGUAGUCGAAGCGGAGAAAUAUCAGCUUCGUGCGGAUUGGUUACGUGCGAAAGAAGAAGCCAAAGCUGCUGCUGCGGCUGCGGCUUGCGAGGCAAGUAAGGCUCAGCUGGAGCAGACCUCGCAAGAGUCGAUGCUGGACUUAGCUCAAGCUGGGACUGUGACAGAAACUUCAUGCAUUCAACAGCCUGCCUACACGGAGACUAUUGAAGAAGAACCUCAGCCUGAAGUGGGGGCACCUGCGGUCUCAAAUGCCGAGCAGCGUCAACCAAACGUCAAGGAUUCUACACCAAGUUCGAUGGGGGACCAAACUCUACCUACCCUGUCUAGACUGCAAAUCAUUUCAAAUGUUCCUAGAGCCUUCGAGAAAUCAGGCGUGAAUGACGCCGAACAAGGAUCUGCAAGUCGAUCUAAUGUCGUUAUUGCCGAAGAUCUGGAAACACCAACACAGGCCAGCUUCUUCGCCAGAACUUCCAUUAUCCCUUCAAUGGGAACUCCACAGCUAUCGCCAUCUCGGAUACCACUGCCAGGAACACCAGACAUCAAGGACAAAGAAAACAUCCCUCCUGAACUCGUGGAACCACCGGCUUCAUCAUCCCCAGCUCGAGGGGUGUCCAAAGCCGUCGCUUUAAAAGAGCACGAUGUUGAUGAAGACCCCUUCGUUCAAAGGCCUACUUCCUCCGGUACUAUUGAGGUGAACGUCAACCCAAUUGAGUUCCCCAAAUCUAGCCCCAAGACAAAAUAUCAUCCUACCAGCUAUGAUGGAGCCUCCGAUAGCCGCGAUGAAGAGCUUGAAGGGGAUAUGAAUGCCCUCGAUGUACUCUAUUCACCAGAUCCAUCACACGCCAAGAAUUCUUCAGCUUGCUCAACUGACUCGAUGGCCAAGCUGGUCAGCGAGAAGCCCGAAUAUCAAGUGUCAUUCCAUGCUCCGAAGGAGAUGAUUGCGUCGGAACCAAGGACGCUGCCUGUUGAGGCUUGCAAGAACCCUGGGCUUUUUGCGCAGCAUCAGUUCAUUCAGUCGGAAAAUUUAAAGCCUGCCACCUCCGAUAGAGAGCCUGUCAAUGUCAAGUCUCAACCAACAGGGAAGAGUACGUCACAGCAACCAAGCUCUGCCCGGAAGCCGCUACAAAGCCCCAUCAAGCUUGGAAAGAUCCGGCCAGGAAAACUCCAUCUCGACAAGAAAUCUCAAAUACCGCGUCCUCGUCGACCCUCUACCGGGUCUGUGGGCUCUCUGCUCUCCGACAACUCCUCUUUGACCUCCAGCACCGAUGCCCCUGAGCCUCAAACUGGGUCGUCGGGAGACCACUUGACCCCUUCUCGCCCUGAUUUCCCGACAUCCCAGACCACUAAGUCACAUGGUGCUCGUUUAUUGCGGAAGGAUCGCCUCCUUCACCUGGAGAAUCGAAAAAGCUCUUCUCACUCCUCAUUUCAGCCAAACCGUUCCGUCAGCCUUCCUCUGGAGCGCUUCAUCAACGAGGAACUCGCUUUCGAGUUGGUGACUGGAGAGGCGCCAGACAUGGUCCAGCUUGAGUCGACCGCUAAGGACCCAGUUUCUGCCAAAUUUCCUCCCAACGGGCCGUCUACGCCAAGAACCCAAGUGCCUCUUCGUUCCUCCGGUCGUCGUCCCGCUCUCAGCCGGGGUCGAUCAGCGUCUGAUUUAAAGGCUAGUACACAAAAGGCAAGGACUAUCACCCCCGAUUUGAAACCGUAUGGCCAGAAUACCGCCCAAAGAGCCGUACAGCAUCAAGAGCAGCCAAAAUCUGCUCGACUACUCAAGCGUUUGACUGCUCAUCCCAGUCUGGAGAGCCUCGGUGUGAGAAAGCACGAACUGUCAUACGUCGAGGAAGACGAUUCGGAGAUGACGGAUAUUGGCUCUCGUGCCUCAUCGCCAAAUAGGCUCUCUGGAAAACCGAGGGAUCGUCUUGACGAAAAGAUCAACUCCAUCCUAAACACUAUUCCUGGUCGUAUCCACCUUGUGGAUCCCAACAACGAGGCAGAUACAUCUUCCUCGUCCUCUUCCAUGGACCGAAAGAUGCGAGAGCGGUGUCUGUCAGAGUCUCCACAUGGACCAUCAUCUCGCAGUAUGACACCUGCUCCGGGUCUUACCCUUAUGUCCGCUUCCAGGAGGCGCUCUUCCUACGCUCACAAGACCGAGGAUAGCUGCGUCAAGCUGUAUCAUCUCCAUCAUGGAGGACAGUCAGCACCUACCAGGCUAUUUGUUCGCACUGUAGGUGAAGAGGGCAAGCGAGUCAUGGUCCGUGUCGGCGGUGGCUGGGCUGAUCUUGGAGAAUACCUCCGCGAGUAUGUCAUCCACCACGGCCGCCGCAAGGUUGCAGAGACACCUCGAGUAGAGGUUCAAGGCUUCGCACCUCGCACGUCACCAGGCUAUUCUCCCAGCAAUACGCUCCAGCCCGGGGCGCCCACCCAUAUUAAGUCCGGUCGAGCUACCCCCUCGCGGCCUCCUUCUGCUCUUAGCGCCCGCCCGCCCUCUUCACUUACCGUCCGUAAAGCCCGACGAAGUUCCAAUGCAUCUGAUUUAUCGACAAUGGCUCCUCGCUCGGUGACAACGGGGGCUUUGAGCUCUUUUACCUCGCCACCCACAGCAGCCGUGGGCAACCGACGGCUUUCUAUGUCAUCUGGCUACUCGGUCGGAGAUCUCCACGCACACUCCCCAGCAAACACUACCUCUGGCCACUCCGACUCACAGGCCACGCCUCUGGGUCUAGCAGGCCCCAAGCCUCGCUCGCGACAAAUUUCGAUGAGCCCCGAGGGCGAAGCUUGGGUUGAAGAUGUUCUUCAGCAAACCCGGCGCUCUAGCUCCGUCAAUCCCCCACCCUUUUCACUGAACAUGGCACCAGAAAAUGGUGUACCUGAAGCGCAAGAUGCGCAUGACCAUGUGCAUUCUCUCCCAAAAAUCCGCAGUUUCGGUGACAUCGGCUCAGCCGGUACAAGCCGACGUAUCGUCCUGAAAGGACUCAACGGUCGCCGAUAA